AUGACUACUGCUCUUAACUAGUCACGGGACGCUCACAGCUGCCAGUUGGAUUUGCCUUCUACUCAAGUAUACAAAAUAACAGAGAAAAGCUUUGGGUUUGAAGAAACACGCAUGAGUGUUACCAUAGAGGUAAUGGUGGUGUAGCCAGUCAGAAAUGUUACGCUUUCGCGAUCGUGUUCUCCCGAAAAUUCUGUCAGAAUUAGUUGCUUUAGGAUUCGUUUUUUUCAUAAUACCAGCAAUUUACAUAUUUGAGCUUGCAGUUGUUCUACCGGCUGUUUACGAUGGAAAGAAAGAGUUUGACAAGUUUUGGUUCUAUUUCCAUUCUGCUUGUGGAACUUACGUAAUGUUUAAUGUAGUCGGAAAUCUAAUAGGAGUCAUUCUGGUUGAUACCAGUGCCAAACACCUAAUUGUCGACACGAAAAUGGCUAGUUCAUCAGCAGGAUGGCAUUUUUGUUCUUUUUGUGAAACAUUAUCUCCUCCCAGAUCAUGGCAUUGCAGCCAGUGCAACACUUGCAUCUUGAAACGUGAGCACCACUGUGGCUUUACUGGAUGCUGCAUUGGCUACAACAAUUUCAGAUUUUUCUAUCUCUUUUUGGCCUAUCUUUUCCGUGCUACCAUAUAUGCUACAUACUUCAACCACUAUUUUAUCUGGUCUCAAGUCAUAGAAUUUGAGUGGUCUCACAUCAUUCGCAUAGCCAUGCCUCUUACUAUUCUUUUCUUUGGCAUAGACACCUCAAUGACACAGUUGUACUUCUUUUACUAUUCCAUCACAAUGAUAGGAUGUUGUUUCAGUGGUGUAUUACUGUAUCAACAGAGCAAUUUAGCCUUUUUCAAUCAAACGUCGUGGGAGAGGGAUAAAGGUACUAACGACCACGAUUGUGGUGUGAUGCACAACAUUCGUGAUGCUCUAGGACGUCGAUGGCACCUCAUUUGGCUGUGUCCCUUCUUGCAAUCUCCACUACCGCACAAAGGCAUCAAAUGGAUGACACGGGAUCAAGUUCCGCUAGAAGGAACAAAAAAUAAAUGAAAAAUAAAUUCCCAAUUUUUAAAA